AUGUUAUUAAAGAUCAUUAAGCUAUUAAAUUUCUUUCUGCUCUUCAUCGCAUCAGCGGAAACGAGGAAAACACAAAAAUGCUUAACCGGCUACAUGACGGACGUCCAAACCUGGGUGAACGAAGAUGGCGUUCUCACGAAAACAAUCGAUCAAAGCACCGCUAUAGAUCUUUCUUCGCACUUCGAUCCGGUCCCAUUCCUUCAUCAGAUCAUGAGUGAAUUCAAAACGGACAAUGGGCAACGCGUCCGAUAUUUAAGCCUGGCGAAAUGUCGACUCACCAGAGUGCCACCUGUAUUCCAUUUGUCAGACUCAAUGGGACGUUGGCUAUCGCAGACCGUUGAGUAUAUGACUUUCUACGGAAAUAAAUUCGUCGACAGAAGCGCGGCCGGUGAACAGUACAACAUGAUUAUAAACGCUACCGGCGCUGUCGAAACUGAGCCGGUGUUCAGCUUACAGUACCAAGGUACGACUGUCUGGUCCACUUCAAUUGAAUACGUCAGCUUUCCGAGCCUAAAGGAGUUGGAUCUGCGAAGGUGUUCAAUCCAAGUGCUCAGAAGCAAUAUGUUCGGGGGUAUGCCUUCACUGGAGGCUUUAUAUAUAGGGGAGAAUGAGAUUUAUCAAAUCGAAUCUAACACUUUUGCUGGUCUAAAUAAGUUAUUACAUCUAGACUUUAGCAGGAACGAAGCGUUCGACAGUACGGGGUCUCUUAAAAAUCUAAUUACUCCGCAAACACCGCUAUUCGACGGCCUAACAAGUUUGGUAUCUCUAGAUCUUUCGUUUACAAAGAUGUCCAAACGUAAUGUGGCAGUGUUAACAGGCUUAGGACCGAAUUUGAGAAGGCUGUCGAUAUGCGAUACAGGGCUGCAGGAUUUGAGGAGCGACAUGUUUUAUAAAACAAAUCUCACAUACUUGGAUCUUUCGAAGAACAACGGGAUAUUGAACACGCCUAACAUAUUGCGAGGGCUUGAAGAUACUUUAGUGGUAUUGUACGCUAAUACUAUAGGCACAGGUCGGGUCGAUAUGUUAAAGAAUUUCCACAGACUGGAGAUAUUGCAAUUGCUGAACAACGAAAUAACGUCUCUACCACAAGAAGUCGCGGCAACUUGGAGGAGCCUACAGAUUUUGGACUUGAACAAGAACAGGAUAAUAACGUGGUUCGAACCGAUAUUCUCGCUGAUACCUAACCUCAAAUACUUGGCACUCAAACACAACAACAUAAACGUGAUCCGCGAAGACAUGAUCGUGGAUUUCAGGAACAUAUCCUAUCUGGCCCUGGCCGGAAACUUCUUCAUGUGCAACUGCAACUCCAGAGAUUUCCUCGAAACGGCGGCUAGGAACGAGAGAAACCGACAAAACGGAUAUAUAAAGUCUGUUUACGAAUCGAAAAACCUGUUUCUGUACCAUAGAGGGUUCGAAGAUUUCAAUACGCUUAUAGCGCAAAGGAAACCCGUAAUUUUCGAAAACUCCAUCAGCGAAUGGGAUAACGAGGAAGAGAGUGUAUACCUAUUGACCGAUUUCUAUGGUCGAAACUAUAUUUGUGCGUCGUUUGCUUCGGACGAAGGCGAGGCCAUCUUCAUGGGGGACGUGCCCAGCUGCUACGCUCGUCGAGAUAUGCAGUACGACGAAAAGAUGAUUAAAAAUCAGUACAAAUUAAUUGCUUUAAUUCUGUUACCGUGCGUUUUAUUACCGCUGCUGAUGCUGUUCGUAUUCAGAAGGACGAUUUUUUAUUUUCUAAUAAUGAUGCGGAAUUCUGCUGCCCUCACCAUGAUCAAUAAGGAUAAGACCGGUGUCGAUGGUACAAUAUUCAACUACGAUGUAUUCGUGUCGUACUGCAACGAGGACAGGGUGUGGGUGCUCGACCAUCUCCUGCCGCAGUUGGAGUCCAAUUGCAACAUCAGCGUCUGCCUCCAUGAGAGAGAUUUUCAGAUCGGACUCUCCAUCCUGGAGAAUAUCGUCGCCUGCAUGGACCGUUCCAGGGCUAUCAUGCUGAUCAUAUCAAAACGGUUCCUCAUGAGUCAGUGGUGCCAGUUCGAAAUGCAUUUAGCCCAGCACAGGCUGUUAGAGACGCGUCGGAACGAUUUGAUCCUUGUUCUGUUAGAAGAAAUACCGCGGCGCAUCCGCCCGACGACCCUCCACUAUCUGAUGCUGACGAAGACUUACAUAAUCUGGCCGAAAGUCGCGCACGAAAGAAACAUUUUCUGGAGGAGGCUACGAAAAGGCCUGGUGACGCAGAAGCUGAAGCACACGGAAAACGUAUCUUUAGCUUGA